AGCCAUAAGAAUUAACAUCAAAGUUUGAUACUUUAGAUGACUGUAAGUGUAGAAAACUAUAGGCUUCUUGAUCUUGUAAUUGCAAAGUUGAUCCUUUUGCCUCAUUUAGGUCAAAUCACUUAGUUUAUAGGCUUUGAUAUUGUGUCUUUUCUUUUGGGGUUGAUGGGUUUUUUAUAUUUUUGGUUCAGAGCUAGACCAAGUAAUGAGAGUGAGGGUGGGGGAGAGAACCAAGCGCAAGCCGGGCAGGGUUCAGAGCUAGACCAACAGCAACAGCCUGCACAUCAGAGGCAAGUGGUGGUACGGAGAUUCGAGAUCGCCUUCCAGCUUUACAUUUUCCUUAUACUCAAGCUUGCUGAUGGAUCGAGACAGAGGCUCGCUGUUCUUGUGAUCUUCGCCACCAUCAUUUACUUAUACCAGACUGGAGCUCUUGCACCGUUUGUGCGAUGGCUCUCACAAGGUAUGCAUAGAGCAGCAGUGCCACCGCCACCUCGGCCUAAUCGACCUGCUGAUAAUGAUCCUCCUGCAGCAGCUGCAGUGCCACUAAACGAAGAUGCAGCUCCCGAGGGACAAGAGAAUGGAGCUGACAACAGGAACAGAGCAAACGCAAACGAAAAUGUGGAUGCAGCACAACAAGGGAAUCAAUGGUGGGGGAUAGUGAAAGAGAUUCAGAUGAUUGUUUUCGGCUUCAUAACAUCACUACUCCCUGGCUUCCACAACAUAGAGUCUAAUCUUUUUUCUUUCUGCACACUUCUUCAACAGAAGCAACUCAGGAAGAAUUUUAACCUUUAGAGUCAAAUCUUCAACAACUUAAUGUAUGCGACUUCCUUU